GUGCAAAUUCAACGCUUGACGAGCAACGUUACCAGAGAAUCUCGGCCGAAUCUUUUUUUGUUUUGUAUAGAAAUCCUAAAGUUAAUUAUAAUAAGCAGUGCUAUCAAUUGAAAUAUGAAGUCUUUGAAUUUAUUUGCCCUGCUUCUCUUUAUCUGCGUCGUCUUUUUGGGUCAAUCCGAGGCCAGCUAUUGUCCGUGCAACCUGAAGGAAAAGGGACAGGUGUGCGGCUCCAAUGGCGUUACCUUUGUGAAUCGCUGUGAAUUCGAGUGCACCCAGCGGGAUUAUAAGAAACUGGGACGCACUCUCAACAUUAAAAAUUUGGGACCUUGCUAAAGAUGCCUUCAACUAUGCGAUGUGAAUGAUGUCUAACUCUGAUUGCAAAAGCUAUAAAUCUUAUAAUCACUAUUAGCUAUUAAUUCCUCCUGAAAUAAAAAAAAAUUUAAACUUCAUGUAAA